AUGUAUUUCCAUGGAAUUUACGGAGUCGAUCAAUGGGAUGAACUGAUCAAAUGCUGUCCAAAUUACGGACCGAAGGGUUCAGAACCUCCACUUGUUUGCAAUUAUGCUAAAUAUAUUCAAUCAAAUCAUCAUGGCGGUGUGACGGCUGUUAACUUCACAAAUGGAUUUGAUACGAAAUGCAGUCAUUUGGUUGCGAAACUGUCUGAGGAUAAAGUCUGGGAUUCUAUGUGA